CUUUAUUUUCUUUCGCAGACUUUAGCUUCGACCAGCUUCAGGCCGACCACCCACACUCGUUUGACUUCCGACUCUCUCUAGAGCCCUUCCCUAUCGUUCCUCUCAACUCUUUCACCUCUCAGGUCACAUCAUAACCCGAUCCAUUUCCGAUAUGUUGAUGCUUCCCAUUGUCUUGGCCGCCGUCGGUCUUGCCAGCGCAGCCGAGUUCUCCAACCCCAUCCGCGACAGUGGGCCUGAUCCUUUCAUUGUUUGGGACAAAGACACUUCGAGCUAUUACCUUAUGACCACCACGGGUUCUGACUUGAGGCUUGUCUCUUCUCCUACCAUCGGUGAUCUUCACAAUGGUACUGACACGCAGGUCUACACCAACGCCGAUAUGAAGAACCAGACUACCGUCUGGGCCGGUGAACUCCACAAGGUCGACGGUGCAUGGCACAUCUACUACUCCCACAAGGAGAGUAUCUGGGCUAUCAAGGGAGGAGAUAAUCCCCUAGACGAGUACGCCGAUCCCGUACAGCUGUACGACCAUUUCGGUAUCGACAACACCGUCCUCGUCCACAACGACACCAACUAUUUACUCUGGGCCUGCCACUCGACGGACGUCUCGAACAACACCAUCGCCGGCUCUUCCAUGUGCAUCUCUCACUUCACCACACCCACUUCCAUCAACAAGGACGAGAUCUCUGUCAUCAGCCGACCCACUGAGGCUUGGGAGCAGGUCGGCGGGCAUGUCAACGAGGGUGCGCAGCCUUUGUAUUGGGAUGGGGAGAUCUAUGUCACGUACUCGGCGAGCUACUGCACCAAGCCAGACUACAGUCUGGGUCUGCUUCAUCUCAUUGGGGAUGACCCCAUGGACCCCGCUGCUUGGUCUAAAAAGACCGACGGUCCCGUCUUCUCGUCUGGUAACGGCGAGUAUGGCCCUGGCCACAACGGUAUCUUCACCUCGCCUGACGGUACAGAGCUAUGGAAUGUCUACCAUGCCGUGACCAAUGCCAACGGGUCUUGUGGCGUGGACCGUCAGACGUUCGUCGAAAAGGUGGACGUGUCGCAGUUUGCUACUAAGGGGCCUAUCUUUGGCACUCCUGCCAAGAAAGGUGUAGUAGCAGAGGGCCCUUCUGGUGAAGACAAUAACACCGCACUGUCUUCUUCUUCAGCCCUCUCCGCCACUUCUACUGCUACUCGCUCUUCCUCUGCCUCUUCCAACGUUUCUUCAAGCGACUCCACUCCCACUAUAUCUCUCACCACAUCUUCCAUCGCCGCGUCUACCGCCCUUUCUUUGACCACUUCCCUCUCGACCACUGAGUCCUCUGGCGAGUCUCCCACCGCGUCAUCCUCAGCCUCUUCCGAAGAAGAAGACGAAGCGUCUACCAGCUCUCAUUCCCGUGGCGGGCACCAUACUACUCAAAGUGGGGGAGAUGGCGGUAUCGCCCUGAUUGCUACCGGAUCCGACUCUGCCUCUUCCCUCGAAGCCUCCAUCACCGGCUCAUCUAGGGCGACCGUGACCGUUGGUCAAGGAGAGGUCACCAGCACGACUACGCUGUUUGUGACUGCCAAGAACUCGCAGGCGCUUGCUGUUGAAGCGACUUCGAAUCGGGCACGGGCGGCUUAUCUUGCAAGGCCAAGCAAGCCCGAGUGGCUGAUGCGGCCAGUCUUAUUGUGAUAUAAUUUGAAAGGAGUCUUGUCAUCGUGCCAUGCAUCUGUACACGUACCGUGGUAAGGAUGAGACACUGCUUCUCGCCUUGUCAGGGUAUGCGUGCUUGUGUAGUACAUACGACGAUGUUUGAUGCCUGUAAUUUGGUCACUGGGUCUCUUCAAG